GAGGACGUGGUGCGGGGAAACUUCCAUGUCCACCUCUGCAUCAAGAGUAUCCCGCUCAAUGCUUGGAGCGAGGGUGUGGCGGUGUAGGAGGAUGCCACUUGCCCCAAGCUGUGGGCGUGGUCGGCGAACCCCUAGGCCGUCCCCAAAUUCCAGCAGGUUAUCUUCACGCCCCGUGUCGACACGAGGGUUGGAGAAGCUCCAUCAACGGCCAUUGGUUACUCCGGCAUCUAGAAGCGUGUUUUUGUCCACAUGGACCUUCUUGAGGACUACACCCCUGAUGCUUAGGGGCGGAUCCCCCGACGACCUCGCUCUCAGCCCUUCACCAUUCAGAUGGCUGUGGUUGAUGGCUAAUUGCGGCUUCGCAAUAGGCGGGAGCCGGCUCCGCCUCGCCGGGACGACAACGACCACCAACGCCGUGAUGAAGACGAAGACCGGGGCGAGCGACGCUGUCGCGACAACCAUAGUCGGUCCUCCUCUUCGAGGGACCGUCUCUUCCGCAGUCGGUCUCGUCGGCCUGAUGAUGAUCGUGGCGGCCAACGCUACGUUGACCACGAUGGGCGAGGGGAGCGGCGCGACGACCGCAGAGAUGGGCGUCAACACGAUGCUUCAGAGCUCUCGAGCAUGCGCACGCUGGACCUUGGUCGCCUUCAGUUGAUGCCAUCUGGCGAGGUGAUUCCGGCCUCGGGUUCUUGUACUCGCCAUCGUCCGCAAGAUCAGUCCCCUACGCCGGAUGUUGAUGUCGUCUCGGAGGAGACUCGAUGCCGCUCUCCACCUCUGUCUCCGCGUACAACCUCCAGGGACAUAGUGGAUAUUGUCCCUACCUCCCCGAUCCUGGACUGGCUGCAGCGUGUUGCGUGUCUGGGGUCCAAAGUCCAGCCCUUUCUCAACUUGGAGGUUGAUUCUGCUCCAUUGGUCAGCCUUGUGCCUGCUCUGUGCGUCCCUACCUCUCCCCCGACUGGCUUGGGACCCUCCUUAGAAGCUACUGCCGUUUCUGCUCAUGCAAGGCUUCAGCAGGAGGAUUACACGGGCAAUGAUGUCUACCAGGAAGAUCUGUAGCACAGAGAUGGAUGCUCGGUCCAGUCUUUGUUGGGUGAGGCAAGCCAUGAAGCUACCCAAGAUGUUAUGCAACUGGGUGCUCGGGAUACGACUCCGACGGCCACGGAGGUUAGGGAGUUCACCCUGCUUUUAGUCCAUGACGAAGCUAUUCAGGUUGAUCUGCACGUGGGGUCUCCCGGCCGGUCUGGGAUGUGUCUCCUGUGGCCACGGAGGCAGGGGAGAUCACCCCGCUUUUUCUCCAACAUGAAACUGUCCAAGUCGAACUGUAGCUCGGGGCCUCCUCGCUGGUUGGGGACGCGACUUCUGAGGCCACGAAGGUUGGGGAGGUCACCCCGCUUUUGAUCCCCCGACUACCACCACUAUUCCCCUCUCCAUCUUCCAAAUCAACUCCUUCCAAGAGGCAAAAAAACAAGACACAAAACCUUGGCUGGGUCUAUUGGCUUGCAGCUUCUGCGUCACAGUCCUCGCAUACAGGCCCACAACAGAUCCUUACCCAUCCCCACGCUGGCGGAACAGCUGUUGUAUGAUACGUCUCCAACGUAUCUACUUUUCUAAACUUUUUUGUCUUUGUUUUGGACUUUUAUUGGCUUGAUAUGAAUGGAACUAACCCGGACUGACGCUCUUUUCAGCAGAAUUGCGUUGGUAUUAUUUUUGUGCAGAAAUAAAAGUUUUCGGAUA